ACUUGGAUGGGUGAAAUGCAGAGCACAAAUUCCAAGUAUGGGACACCAUACUUGGCCACACAUCAUGUCACUUUCACUUAUUGCAAUAUUUUAUGUAAUGCUGUGUUAUUGCUCAGCUAAUUCAACCUUCACACUCUGCUCUUAUUGAUGGAAUGUAAAAUCAAUGAAGACUGGCCACCAGGCCAUGCAUAUAUAGGUUUGAAACUUCCAACCCAGACAGCAACAAAGUGUGGCCCAGAUCAGGCCCACAUGUGGAUUACACGCGGACCAGAUGUGGGCCGGAUGCUGUCAGGGUUAUAUUGGCCAGUGUUUCAGUUUCAUUGUCCAACCCCUGUAUAUCACUGUUUCCACAAAAAUAUUAAGUAGCACAACUGUUUUCAACAUCGAUAAUAAUAAAUGUUUCUUGAGCACCAAAUUGCCAUAUUAGAAUGAUUUCUGAAAGAUCCUGUGACACUGAGAACUGGAGUAACAGCUGCUGAUAAUUCAGAAUAAAUUACAUUUAAAAAAUAUUAAAACAGUUAUUUUAAAUUUCACACAAUAUUACUGUUUUUACUGUAUUUUUGAUCAAAUAAAUUCAAAUAGUGUAAGAGACUUCCUUCAGGUAUACAUCUUUGGGUAGGAGAUACAUUGUAAUGCUGCAAGUAAUACAAACUAAUGUCUUGUAUUUUCUUUAUGCCUUUUCUUUGUAGACCUAUUGCAAAAAUCAAAUCUGAAAGGUAAGCAGUAUAAACCAUAUUAAUCCUGAGUAAAAUGAAACUAAUGUGGUACCUGCUGGUUGAUUAUCCGACCAACAGUGGCGCAAGUCAAUCCGCUGUGUGGCGCACGGGGGCGCGCUGCGCGCUGCAGAUGUGUCGCAGAUUUAAAAAGUCACUGUACUCAUCUAGUACAAGGAAAUGGAGCAGUGCAAAGCAUAAAAUACUGAAUUGUAAACAAGGCAGGCGGAAGAGAGGGAACGUGUGCAGCCAUUCUAACUGUGCAUGGGAUUUCUAUUUCAGUUAUUUUAACGCCAAGAAGGAAAAACACAGAGACGUUGACAGCUACUUCAUUAUUUUUUUAGAGGAAUAACUUAACCAAUGGAACUGUCGGCAAUCGGUGAGCAAGUGUUCGCUGUGGAAUCAAUUAUAAAGAAAAGAGUUAGGAAGGGUCAUGUAGAGUAUUUAUUGAAGUGGAAGGGCUGGCCUCCAAAGUACAGCACAUGGGAGCCAGAGGAACACAUCCUAGACCCUCGACUGGUUUUAGCCUAUGAGGAAAAAGAACAGAGAGACAGGUCAGUGGGGUGGCGCAAAAGAGGGCCGAAACCGAAAAGACUCAUCGUGCAGAGGAACAUUUACGCAAUGGAUCUACGCAGCACACACAAAGAUACAGAGAAGUCUUCAGCGCAUCUGCCGCUUUCUUUGACCCGGUCGCUUGACCCAAGGUUCCAGUCCUCAGGGACCUGUAUAUAUCGACGAUUAACCCACCAUAAGAAAAAGAAGAAAACAUCCAGAGAGACUUCUGAGGAAGAAUGGGAUAGAAGGGAAGAAGAAGAUGAUCAUGUUGAUGAUGAUGAUGAUGAUGAUGAGGGGGUUAUGGAGGAGGAGGAAGAGGAGGACACAAGACCAGGAGGAACUAAAACUGGCAGCAAUAGUUUAAACAAGCUUGUCAGGAGGGGAGCCUGGAGUCCAACCACUGAAUCAGAGGCAAUGACAAUCUCUCCUAUAUCUGAGGACUGGAGUCCAGUUAUGGGCCCAGAGGAGGUAACUGUGACAGAUAUCACCAUCAACUCACUGACUGUGACUUUUAGAGAGGCCUUCGUAGCAAGAGGGUUCUUCAGGAGCUGGGAGCUGGAGAUCUGACAUUACAGAGACUGAGUAUGUUGUGAGCGAGGGGGAAAGAGAAUCGGUACAUCCUCUUUUUUUUCCUUUUUUGCUUUGAUUAUGCGCUUGCACAUUUUCCACCAUUGUUUCAGACUACAUUUGCACUAUUAGUUCUAAUCAAGUUAAAACCUUUCAAAAUGUUGUUUCAGGAUUGUGAUUGCAAUCAAUCACAGUAACAAUGAUUAAAUUCGUUACAGUACUGAUAGUAUUAUGAAGUUGUAUUGGCCAUUAAACAAAUCAAGCUAGUUUCUCUGAUACUGAUUUUGCCAUGUUUUGUAGUUUACAGAUUUAACUAGCCGAGUUAAGCUUAAUUUGGUCUGGUCAUGUACUUGCAUAAUGCUAGUACAGUGUGAUUAGCACAAUUAAAAAUUCUGAAAAGCCAAGCUGUAACAAAUAUGUCUAUACAUUUACACAUUAGAUAUAUGUAUACAUGAUAUGCUUGGUAAACAUAUUAUUCUAUUGACUUUUAAUUUAAAUUGCACACCUCAUAUGCAGUUAACUAGAAUUAGUGGCCUCCCUAUACUUAAAAAUACAACUAUGGAAAAGCAUUUCAACACUUUGUGUGCCAUCUUUGAGACUUAAUAAACAAAAA